GGCACAGCCUUGCGGUACAGUUCUUUUCCGCCCUUUCUAUCCCUUCCCUUGUUCUCCCAGAAAAUCGUCUGUACACGAAGUAAAUCAGAUGGCUGCUCUUCCCGAGCACCUGUUUCAAAGUCUUUCGUAACUGUGAAAUUCUCCGUAAAGCUUAUAUUAACCUGAAGCUGUAUGUGGGUGUGAUAACCUACUACUAAUCCAUUAGUUCAAGAUGGCUGAGUGCAUGCCAUCCACUUCUAAAGCUGCCAGUUCAAACGUCGCCCCCCUUGGCUUCACACAAAGUGCAGAAGAAUCUCUGGUUGAUGCUUCUGCAGUUGCUGACAAAACUACCAAGUCUGCCAAGCGUCGCCCAGCUAUGACUGACUACGCUGAUGCUAUUGAAUCCUUGGAGGAAGAACUGGCGUCAGAAGGACUUAGGCGCCGUGUUCCUUGGGAUACACUGUCUAUCAGCUCUGAUGUUCCUGGUCUGCAUGAAGUGAAGGAUCUCCUUGAUGAGGAUGAUGCAUCUGACCUGGCCUCAGAGGAUGAUGGUGUAGGAUGUCCACUCCCCAGUACUCCCGUUGAACAGGGGUUACUUGAGUCUGAGAUUGCUGAGGUGUUGAAGGCUGGUGUUCUCAUGGAUGAAAUAGACCUUGGUGCCUUGGCUCAUAAUGCAGUGGGGCAAGCAGAGGAAUUUGUACGGAAAGUUAUGGCAUCAUGGAAUGUAUGCCAUUUCCACCAUCUCCCAAAGUGGCUUCAGGAUAAUGACUUCUUAAGGACUGGCCAUCGUCCCCCUCUCAACUCAUUUAAAGCCUGCUUUUCAUCCAUCUUUCGUGUUCACACCGAAACAGGCAAUAUUUGGACCCAUCUGCUAGGCUGUGUUAUGUUUAUCGGCAUUGCUGCCUAUUUCUUGUCAACACCUGCCAUGGAGCUGCCUCCUUGGGAUAAAGCUGUUUUUGGUGUGUUCUUUGCUGGAGCCAUUAUAUGCUUAGGACUCUCUUUUGCCUACCACACUGUUCAUUGCCAUUCAGAACUUGUAGGAAAAUUAUUCAGCAAGCUGGACUACUGUGGAAUUGCAAUGCUUAUCAUAGGUUCUUUUGUACCUUGGCUGUACUACAGUUUUUACUGCCAGUUUAGUGCAAAGCUCAUUUAUUUAAGUGUUGUUAUUGUUCUUGGAAUUUCAUCAAUUGUUGUAUCAAUGUGGGAUCGUUUUGGAGAACCUAAAUACAGACCAGUCCGAGCAGGUGUUUUUAUGGGUUUUGGUCUCAGUGGAAUUGUCCCUGCUUUCCAUUAUGCCAUUUCAGAGGGCUGGUUCAAAGCUUUGUCUCAAGCCUCUUUGGGAUGGCUCAUACUUAUGGGUUGUUUAUACAUACUGGGUGCAAUGUUCUAUGCACUUCGGGUUCCUGAAAGAUUUUUCCCAGGAAAAUGUGAUAUUUGGUUCCAGAGCCAUCAAAUCUUCCACGUCCUAGUGAUAGCAGCUGCCUUUGUGCAUUACCAUGGUAUCUCUGAAAUGGCCAUGUACCGCAUGACUAUUGGAGAAUGUGCUGCACAGAAUCCCUCUAUGGCUUUCUGAUGUUAGAUUUGGCCAACCUUUAAGCUGGCCUUCACAGAAUCCAUAUCGUUUACUGCUGGAAACUUAUCGAAAUUCAUUAUGAGACAUGCACCGAAUUAUGAGAUUUAUAUUUUAUAGAAAAAAUGUGAACUGAUUAAUUGAUUGAAGUGGUGCUGAUAUUGAUUUGCUGAGGAAAUGGUUAAACAAUCUAUCUUCAUCAAAUUGGUAUGUGAAGAGAGGGUGUUAGAUUUGACUCUUGAAAGUCCAUUUAGUAUUGUGAAAGAUUUUUAAUAAGCCUGUGGGAUUAUCCUGUUAUGGAUCCCAUUCUUCAAAAUAGAAGCAUCACAAUCCUUUCGCAAAUGAGCAUAAUUAAAUUGUGAUACUCAGUUCUAUACGACAAUCUUCAUUCACUUUUUGCCCCUAUUAUUAAUUUCUCCUGUUUCUUGUCCAAAAUCAGUUCUUACAGCAAUAAUUAUUGCACCCCUCCUCCAUUCUGUUCAGUACUUUCAUGGGACCAAAAGGCAAAACAUACGGAAAAAAGAGAAUAGUGCCUCAUGGUUUAGUGAGACAAACAAAUCUACUACAUUUGUUGAUUUCCAACAACCUCUCCAUAAUAUACCUCUAACUUCAAAGAAUUAUCCUUAAUACAGUGUGUUUUUCAAUAGCAGUAUGAAAGAUUUGGUUUUGAAGACUUUGUCAGUUGCUGGAUUUAUGAUGCUAAUGAAGAUAUUUAUUAGGGAGGCACCAACUUUGUUAAGGUUGAUGGCCACUAAUCGUCUAUUGUAUAAUCAUUUUAAAUCCUAACCUUACUUUAAUUUGAUAUAAGAUACUAACACUGAUUCUAAUUAUAAUAUUUACUAACCAACAACUGUUUGUGUACAUUCACUCACAUUAUAGUAGCGGUGAGACUGGUAUUCCUUUGUUCAUUCAUAUCAGGUGAAAGUUACAGUUAAUUAUCAAUGGCUAACAGAUAGAAUUACCAAAUGUAAUAUUUCAUGCCUUCUUUAUUUGUUCUAGUUAUGGUUGUCAAGUCAACUUUUUGCAGUAGUGCCUAGGUGUGUUGUGAAUUUUGCUUGAUCCCCAUCCUGUUAAAUUUGACAGAUCAGUAGAAACUGGUUUAGAACUCACUUGAAGAACCAAUGUAGUUUGCACUGGAUUCUGCAAUAAUACUUCAAAUAUGCUGUAGAAAAUUUAUUGUAUCCCGGUUAAUAUGCAAUGGCCUGUCAAGAGUGUGGUACUACGAUUUCAACGAGUUUUAUGCUUUAAGUGUUUUAGAGGAACUCGCACAGAAAUUGUCCUUGAGGCAACACCAAUAGUAGUCUUCAUGCAUGCAAAUAUUUAUUGUGCCCUGUGCCUGACCCCAAAAUUCUAAUUUAUUGCGGUGUUCUGUUCUGAAGGCUGCAAAACUUAGCUUGGUAAGAAUUAUUUCGCAAGUCCUUUGAAUCAUUCUCCUUGCUGGUGAGGGGAAGAGGUAAAAUCUCACAGGGUAAAAAGGAAAAGAAUUGAUGAAGCUCGACUUUGUUCCCAGAAUAAACUGGACUUCACAAUCGGCUCCUGUUUGACAUCUUGCAAAAAAAAAAAAAAUGAAAGCCACUAAAUAUUUUAUACUUUAUGAGUAAAUUUUAUAUAAUACUGUGUGAUGUAGGAAUUUUUUAAUGUGUACAUUUGCAAGAAGUAUUUUUUAUUGUUAUGUUGUUAUAACCAAUGCACUACAAACCUACUUCAGUCGAUAGUUUUCAAAAUUUUCUCUGAAGAUUGUUUCACGUAGAAAGCCUUGUUUCUGUUAAUUUUUCUAGUUAGACUGCAUAGAGUAUAUUGUAGUUGAAAUGGGUCAAUCUUUGUUUUAUUGUUAAAAGGUACUGAUGCGUUUGGAAUAUCAAUUAUUGGAUAAAGACAAUUUAACUUAAUUGUGUGACUGAGCGUCUUCAUGUCCGUGAAGGCUUGCAGUACUUGCAGAUUCGAAAUAUAUUCCACUGAUUUGUAAGGUAAAAUGUCAUGUGCAUAGUCAACUGAUUUUUGUAUAGUGGUUUGAUUUGGUUGCAACAUAAUAUGCAUGUGAUGUCAUGUACUGGUACUACUGUUGAUUAGACGUGAAUGUUUUCCUCAUUACAGUUAUACUUAAUUCUGUGAUAUACUGAAUGUAUUUUAAGCCUUCAAUAAUUUUUUGUUAUGCCAAAGCAUUAAAUGUUAUUUUAAAUCAUAUCAAACUGAGUAUUGGAGAAAUAUUAUUGAAAAAUAAUCUCGGUCUUUAUUACUGUAAGGUGGUGGAAAGCUCCAACAGUUCUGAGGCAGCUAAAGUAAAGUGUAGGUUAAUGAAAAUUGGAAUAAAUUACUACCUCUAAAAGAUUCAAACAUUUUCUACCAUUUGAAUCAAAGAAAUGAAUGUGCUGAAAAAUGAAAACAGUUUGUCAAUUGUUACUUGAAAAUGUACUGCAGCUUUGCUACUUGCAUUAAAGUACACCUUCUUCUGUUUCUUUUCGUGUAAAAUGAAAGCCUUCCUAAAACGUUCACUUGUGAAAAUGGUGUCCUAGGUUAUUGUUUUAUACUAAAUUAUGGUGUUCUUUUAGUGUCUAAUGGUGGUUUUAGUCAACAUUGCUAUUUUUAUUUGCUUAGUUUAAAAGGAAGUGCCCUUCGAAUAAAUCUCAACGAACCAACUCUACUGAAGGGUAGCUUCUGUGUUACAUCUGCUGUCUUUUCUCAAGUGUGACUGUAAUGUUGCUAUGAAGCUUUCUAGGUUCAACUAAUGUACACAAGAGAAUGGUGUCAUUCUAAUCCACAAUCUUAUAGUUAAAAAUUAUAAUGCAGUGGCACUGAUGUAGCUUGAAUUACAAACUACGCUAUAGUAUUAUUCUAAAUGCUUAGCAGUGGACCUCUGGCAGUUUUUUGCCCUCAUAAUGUGACUGCAUUUCCUCUGUAUCUGAAAUAUUGUUCAAAAUAAUGAAGCUCAACGAAUGAGCACCAGUUUUUCCCCCAUUGUGUGCAUGAGUAUGUUAUAUUUUGGGUCCAAUUAUAAUUUGAGUGGCAUCAGUCUUCUUGAGGUACAGCUUUGUUGGCACAUUCAUGCUUUGUGGUGUGCAUCAAGUGAUAUUAUAUAUUAUUUUUCCUUCUCAUUUUGUCAAUCUUAUUGGGAACUUUGUGGAUUUUUUUUGUGAUAGCGCUUAUGUGGAUACAUCAAUAAAACGUUAGUGCAUUGUUA